CUCGGUCGCCAAUCCGUUUUUUGAGUGUUUUAAGUAAUUUUUAAAUAAUUUUCAUUAAAUGUCUAGAGUAAGGAAGUGUCGCGUUCGCGAGUGUGAGACAGAAUCUUCCGGAAGAUUCUUCUCAUUCCCUAAAAGAGAGGAGGAGUUGCUGAAGUGGGUGGAAAAUUUACGGAUCCCACCAACGCGGGAUUUACCCACCCACAAUGCAUUUGUUUGCAUUAAGCACUUCGAACAAAGUGCUGUGGGUGUGAAAAAGUUGAAGGCGCAUGCUGUGCCCACCCUAAGCCUUGGAUACGACGAACCCCCUAAGCAUUUGUGGACGACUCAAUUGCCGGUUCGAAGAUGCUGCAUUUCGAAUUGCGUUAACCGGCAGAAAACGCUCUACAAAUUUCCUAAAGAAAAAGAUGUUCGAGAAAGUUGGGCAAAAGCUUGCAACUUAGUUGUGUCGCCUUCCGAUAGUCUUUUUAUUUGUGGAAACCAUUUCGAUUCGCAGUACGUUACCAAAUUCAAGCUAUUGCCUGGGRCUUUUCCCUGUUUUAGAAUAGGUUCAGCACUAAGUCGUAGCUCAUCUAGUGCUGACUCAAUUUGGAUUAACAUGACGAAUUAG